AUGAAUCAAAUUCCCGAAUCGGGGACAGUUAAAAAAGAAGUAAAUAAUCAUGUUCAAGCUAAAAAUAAUAUAGAGACGUAUGGAAAAGUGGUUUUAACAUUAAAAAAUUGUAUUUUACCGGAAGAGAAACUCUCUCCGACGCCAUCGCAAGUUGAUGGUUUAGAUGUAGAAACAGAGACUGAUUUAAGAAUUUUAGGAUGUGAACUCAUGCAAACGGCUGGAAUAUUAUUAAAAUUACCACAGGUAGCAAUGGCCACUGCCCAAGUUUUAUUUCAAAGGUUUUAUUAUAGCAAGUCGUUUGUUCGACAAAAUUUUGAAAUCACCGGAAUGGGAUGUUUAUAUUUAGCAUCGAAAAUUGAAGAAGCUCCUAGAAGAAUAAGAGAUGUCAUCAAUGUUUACCAUCAUAUCAAACAAGUCAAUAAUCAAAAAACUAUAACGCCAAUGAUACUCGAUCAAAGUUAUAUAGGUCUCAAAUAUCAAGUAAUAAAAGCGGAAAGAAGAGUUCUCAAAGAAUUAGGAUUUUGUGUACAUAUUAAACAUCCUCACAAGUUAAUUGUUCUAUACCUUCAGGUUUUAGGACUGGAAACUAAACACACGUUAAUGCAAAUGGCGUGGAAUUACAUGAACGAUUCGCUGCGAACGGAUGUUUUCGUGAGGUAUCAACCGGAAACGGUGGCUUGCGCUUGCAUAUAUUUAACGGCGAGAAGGUUAAAAUUUCCCAUGCCGAAAACUCCGCCGUGGUAUUCGAUAUUCAAAGUAGAGGAAAAGGACAUACACGACAUAUGCAUUAGAAUAUUAAGACUUUACGCAAGGCCCAAGCCCAAAGCAGACGCGUUGCAAAAAAAAGUACAAGAAUUAUGUAAAAAAUUUGAAGAGAAUAGGCUUAAAAACAAACCUGGAUUUAAUGCCGUCACAUCCGGGACAAACACUCCAACAUCUCCUAGCGUAACGGAAAAGAAAACGUCACCAAAGCGGAGUCUUUCCGACCGAAGUAGAUCGAGAUCGAAAUCGCCGAGCGUGGGUCCGAGACAUAAAAAAUCUAAAAAGCAUAAAAAAUCAACGUCGAGAUCGAGAUCUCGAAGUAGGUCGUACGAGAAAAAGUACAAAAAAUCACGGAAAAGCGGGAGACGAUCCAAGAGUCUGAGUCCUCCGACGACGAAAACUUACAAGGAAAAAAAGCACAGGUCGAGAUCGAGGAGUUACGAACGGGAAUAUCCAAAGAAAUUACCCAACGAUGGUAAAUAUUAUUCGGAUAGGUACAAAGAGGAAAAGGGAAUCGACAGAUAUUACAACAAGGAUGAUAAAUUCCGGAGCAAAGACGAUGAUGGUGGUAAAUACGGUAAAGAGAGAAAGGAUAAAAUGGGAAUGGGUAAAGACGAGGACAACAACAAGCACAACAACAAGAUAAAAGAUGAAAAUUAUCGGAGCAAAGACGACGGAUAUAAAAAUUCAAAUAAUUCGAUAAAAAGAGACAAAAAAACGAGGUGA